UCUCCUCUAUUCUCCUCUCUUCUUCUCUCCUCUCUUUUUCUCUCCUCUCUUCUCUCGAUGGACUGACAGCAGUGUGAAUGGUGCUCGCACUGUAAAUUUGUUUGUUUCGUUUCAAGUUUUUUUUGUGUAUUUCUCUCAUUUUUCAUCUUUCUCUGGGCUGCAUCAUUGCUUUCUCAUUGGCUGUUUUGCUUUGUUGUUUUUCCACUUUUAAAGACUGCUGGUUUUCACUUUUAAAAUGUUUUAUAUUUUAUUCGCUGCAGAAGCGCCACGCCGUCACCUAAUAAGACUACAGGAAGCCGAGCAGGACGCGACCGAUUCGCUGGAGAGUCCUACACAGUUCUAGGUGACCAGGAAAUGACUGGCGGGUGUCACUACUGGGAGCUCCGCCCCCUCGCUGAUUGGAAAUCGCUCAGUGUGGGCGUGGCCUAUCGGGCCAGCCUUGGACGCUUUGACCAGUUAGGGAAAAGUGCGGGUUCAUGGUGUCUCCACGCCAGCCAAUGGCUGCAGAGCUCAAUCGCUGCGAAGCACAACAACCGAGCGAAAGCACUUGAUUGGCCGCUGCCCCAGAGAAUCGGAAUUUACUGCAACUAUGACAACGGUGAUUUAUCCUUCAUCGAUGUUGAUCGUCUUCGUCUUCUCUACUCCUUCAAAACAAAGUUUAGCCAGCCGCUCGUCCCCGCCUUCACCGUUUGGUGCGGCGGUAUUUCCAUAAUGACUGGUCUGCAGGUGCCGAGCUUCAUGGGUAAUUUUCUCUCCACCAGUCAGAGUCUCAGUAACCUGUCCCAGUAGAUGGACCUCCAUUCAACUGUUUUUAUUUAAUUGUUAUUUUAGUUAAUUAUCAUUAAUUUAUUUGUUUUAGAUAUUUGUAUAUUUCAAUUUAAUACAGUAAUUAAUAUAUUACAUGUUGUCAUUAUGAAAUAUGAAUUAAAGAUAUAAAUGUUUUCAUAUUUUAAGAACUGUAAUGAAUUAAGAAAAUAUAUUGAAUAGUAUUUCCCGCACAGAGCCACGCCCCUGUUUUAGUUUUUGUGCUUUUAUUUUUACGAUGUAUUAAAUUUGCCUGUUAGCUCUGGCUUUUAUUUUGACAGUUCUAUUUAAUAACAUUUAUGAAGGCCAGCUGGAAAUGUAGAACUUAAUUAAUUGCCAGUCGCGGCAUUGUUAUGAAGACGCUGGGUGAUGUUUUUGCGUUGUCAUAGCAACGUUUGUUUCUAAAUGGAAGAAUCUGAAUUUGACCAAAGCUACAGGAAACAAGUUUGCCUGUUCUCUCAAGCUUUUUUCAAGGCUUUAGCAUGAUGUAACCCAGUUGUUCACUGACAUUUUUAGAUGUUGAUAUUUGGCUGAAUUUGGCUGUCAGGUGAUCAAAAUUCAGUGUCGGUACAUCCAAUGCCAACAUCAGUUUGACGUGGAAUACUGCCGACAGAGCAUGUUGAUAUUUUGUUGGUUUUAAGUUUUAAAGAAAUUAAAUCCAAUGUUUUAAGCAUCUCAUGCCAACGCGUUGUUGAUGCAGAAUAAAAACAUUUUAACUUAUGAAGAACAAAACUUAACAUCUGUGAAACGUCAGAAAUUUAACGACCACACAACGUAAAACUCUGACAUCAUUCGACACCUUUUUAAUUUCACUGUCAUUCAACCAAAUUGUAAAGUCUGUCUGAAAUCAUUUUCAUGUCUGAUGGAAGUUGGGACUUUAUUUUAAAUUGCAUGAGGAAGUUCUAUGUGUAAUUAAUGUGAGUUUAUUAUGAAAGACCUCAAUAGAUUCAUUGUGAGUAUUUGAUGGUUUUAUUUUGAAGCUUAGCAUAGAAUUCCCUGUCAUUUUGAAGAAAAACAAAGUUUUAGUUUGUAGAAUAACAUAAAUACUGUGUUUUACAGAUAUAUAUUUUUUCUGUCUAACUUUAGACUCAGGAUGAUAUUUAUUUAAAUUUUGUAUGGA